CCCACUGUCUGAGGCUUUCGGUUUCCCUCCCACGCAGGGCUCAUCUAAGCCCAGCGAUGGGCCUCUCUUAGCUCCUGCACACUGGCAGAUGGGGAUUUUGUCAGUGGAGUUUUACUUCUUUUGGUUCAUAUUUUAUUUUGCUUAUAGAAGAAAAAGAUAUCCCCUGCCGCAGAGGGGAAAAGCGUCUUAAAAGUUCUUAACUUUCUAAAAAGUAAAUAAUUUCAGGGUGCCUCGAUUCUACCCUGCCUAGACUUCCUUAUCCUGUUUGCGAGACAUCCAGAUGACUUGCUCUCCCAAUACAUACCCCUUGGAGAAAUUUCUGGAACCCUUCACACCAGUGGCUGCUGAAGUAGAAGAUUCAAAGAAAAUCUUUCCUUGGUUGUCAUCAGGUAAAGCCUGAAGGAUUGCCAAGAUGAACAAGGUACCAGCUCCUAAAAGGACGAGGAGCUUACCCAGCCUGGAUCAUCCAACGCAGGUCCCAGAAAAACCACUGAAGAGCAUCAGAUAUAUGGACAAGGAAAUAGUUAACUUCAAAAAAGACCUUAUACGAAGCCGGUUACUGGUGCAGUGUGCGAAGGCUGGCCGUGGAUAUUUUACCAUUCUUAAGGAAGAGUCUGCGAUGAAAAAGAUGCAACAGCAACUUCAGAAACUCAAAGAGGAAGAAAGAAACAAAUUCCAACCAGCCAAAAAAUUGCCUGAAAUCCAUGGGGAUACAUUGCUGACCACCUGUGAGGAGGAGAAGCUUAAGAAACUGGGAUCUGGCCCGUUCAUUCCAAUCUACAGCUGCAUCCUUUUGCCGUUGCUGCCUGAGGCUCACAUCGAACCCCUCUUCCGCCAACUGUGUGCUCUCCAUUGGCUCCUGGAGGCCCUGACCAUCGACCACACCCACCACAUCAUGAAGCCCGUGAUCACCUGCUUCAAUACCAAGGACCCAGGUGGAAGCAAGAGCUCCAUAAAAAAAGUCAAUAAGGACAAAUCCAGGGAACAGAGGUGGGAGCACUUCAUCACGGCAUCAAAGACCACAAAAUUCAAACUUCCUGUGGUACGAAACACCACCACCCACAAGCCAAGCCGGCGGGGCUCCAUACUCAGCCUGUCUCGGACCAGUGGGGGAUCCUCCCCCCAGAGCAGCAUGAUCUCUAUGAAUCCUGGCUCAGAGGAACCCCAGAGCUUGAUCACCCAGGUGACUAGCAGCAAAGACAUUGAGGAUAAUGAGUCUUCUUCAACAAAACCAGAUGAAGAACCUCUUCAUAUCUAUCUGCAGAAGCUCCUGGAAAUGGUUCGGGAAGAGGUCCGUAGGACAAUUAUGAUGGAAUAUGACCUGCAAAGAAAAGCUCCCAGCCUCCUGCCCAUGAUCCACAAGAGUGACUCUGUCGUUAAGGAGGGGCAGGCUACCCACAAGUCAAGUGAGAAAUCCAGCACUACCAGUGGAGAAAGCCACACCCAGUUAGUCCAGAAGAAGACAAAAGGCCAUGUUAACCGUGACAUCACCCAGUACAAGAGCGGGAUCUCUAGCCUCAUGAGGGCCAAGUUUUACAGCAUAGCCCAGGAGGCUGGCUUCUGCCUGCAGGACAAGAUGGAAGUCCUCAUGAAGCGCCAAGAAGAGCGAGGUCUCCAGAAGUUCCAUGCUUUUGGCCUCGUCUCAGAUUUUCAAAAGGAUAUAGCAAAGAUGAGACAACAGAUCUCUGCAGUUAAAGGAGAUGCAGAAGAAAUUGCUGACCACUGGUACUUUGACCUGCUGUCCAAACUGCCUGAGGAUCUGAAGAACUACCGCCCUGCCAAAAAGAUCCUGGUCAAACUCCAGAAGUUUGGGGAGAACCUCGACCUGAGGGUCCGGCCCCAUGUUCUCUUGAAGGUGCUGCAGGAUCUGAGGGUCUGGGAACUGUGCUCUCCAGACAUCGCUGUGGCUAUCGAGUUUGUGCGAGAACACAUCAUUCAUAUGCCUCGAGAGGAUUACAUCACCUGGUUGCAAGGGCGGAUCAGUAUGACCAUCCGAUCACGCAGUACCCCGCCGUAGUCUGGGCCUGGGUCAACCAGCUGUCCCAGUGGAGGAGGGAAGCCAACAGCACAUUCCUGGGUCCCACCUGUUCUUGCUUCCUGCCUACUCUUCUUGAGGCUUGUUAUGAUGCAGUAAGAUCAACUGGAGACUGACUCCGGGAAACAUUCUAGAGAGAGACUCCGGAGUGGCUCUCUCCUCCACCCCACAGCCCUGCCUCAACCUCCCGGUCUCUGCUGAUUGCUGCAGCCUGACUCUGCCUGCUUCUCCAGAUUCCUUCACCCAUUUCUUUUCCGUGCAUUCUGAAUAAUAAAAUUGAGAUGAAUGUUUAA